AGUGAUGGUGGCAAUAUCACAUGUGAAAAUGAAAACAAAAACUUCCAAAUGUUUAACGGCAGCGGAUUCUCCCACAACAUCAUAGUCUACACAUGUGACGAGCUGGCAGUAAGGAGCAUCAUGUGGAGACCCCUGUUCUUCGAAAAGACCAAUGGCAGCAGUUUUUUCCAAUAUGUCAUAAUCCACAAAUGUGUACAGUUUGCAGGCGUACACCACUCUAAAAACGGAAACACAAACUUCCAAAUGUUUAACGACAGCGGAUUCUCCCACAACAUCAUAGUCUACACAUGUGACGAGCUGGCAGCAAGGAGCAUCAUGUGGAGACCCCUGUUCUUCGAAAAGACCAAUGACAGCAGUUUUUUCCAAAAUGUCAUAGUCCACAAAUGUGUACAGUUUGCAGGAGCAGAUAAUGCAUACCCCAUGAUAGUAUCUAAUCCAACACAACCUGCAACAAAUUACCUCCAAUCUGCUGCCAUGACGACCACAGGAGCAGAUAAUGCAUUCCCCGUGAAAGAAUCUAAUCCAACACAGACUGCAACAAAUUACCUCCAAUCUGCUGCCAUGACGACCACAGGAGCAGAUAAUGCAUUCCCCAUGAAAGAAUCUAAUCCAACACAGACUGCAACAAAUUACCUCCAAUCUGCUGCCAUGACGACCACAGUGGUGGCCACCAGAAAAAGUCCAGUGACUUGUAAUGAAAAUGGUACUUCUGGGAGUGACCAAGGCGACUGCGUCCCUGCCGCUGUGAUGGAGCUGCUUGGUGAAUCUGAGAAACUGAAUAAUGAGACGCUUCUGGUAUUCCUGGAGAAACUCAAGGUUGUGUCCGUUAACAGCACCAAGAACAUUUCCAAAUCUCCAGAUACAAUCAGUUCCAUAGUGAAAGCCCUCAGCAACAUAGCAAACAGAUCUUCAUUGUUAUCCAUGCCAAUAAAUAAAGAAUCAACAGAGAACAUCCUGCAGAUCGCAGGUCUUCUCACCUCUGAUGAAACAAAGGCAUCAUGGGAUACCCUGAACAUGAACGAUAAAACACAGAGCUCAGGCACAGAGAAUGGUGGGAAAAUAAAAAGCUCCAGCGCUUCCUUGCUGAACCUCUUUGAAUCUGUUGCCACCCUCCUUGUCAAUGAAUCUUUCUCUGUUGAGACACCUUUUAUUCAUCUGAAUAGAACUCAUUUAAAAAACAAAAUAACUUUCAGCAAUGUCUUUAACACCUCGAUGGAAAUAGACAUACCAGAGGCCAGCGGUGGAAGUCAAUUCAUUACCACAAUUGUAUUCGCGUCCAUGAAUAACGUGCUCCCUCCAAGAGAUGAACACAACUCCUCAUCCAUGGUUAUCAACGGAAAGGUUGUUCUUGCUACGACAGCAGCCAAAAUUAGAAAUAUAUCAAUAACGUCAAGAAUUCUGAAUGACACCCUGGGAAACCCAAAGUGUGUUUUUUGGAAUUUCUCACUCUUUGAUGAUCUUGGAGGAUGGAGCGACUCGGGCUGCUCUCUGGUGUCCCACAACAAUGAAACCAUCAGCUGCAGCUGCAACCACCUCACCUCCUUCUCCAUGCUGAUGUCCCCUGAGAUUAUUGAGGACGAACAAAUCACAGACAUAACAAUAAUUGGAGUUGGCAUAUCCAUAGCUUCUUUGGUCAUAUGUCUUAUCACAGAAGCUCUCACUUGGAAAAAAAUAAGUACCAACACCACCGCCUACCUGCGUCACGUUUCCAUCAUCAACAUAGCCGUUUCUCUCCUGAUCGCAAACAUCUGGUUCAUCAUCGGAGCGUACUUUACAGACGAUAAUAAGAAGAAAAACCCUGCGGUGUGUGUAACCGUGACCUUCUUCAUCCACCUCUUCUACCUCGCCAUGUUCUUCUGGAUGUUGGCCUCAGGCCUGCUGCUGCUCUACCGCACCGUCUUCGUCUUCGAGGGCGGAUUGUCCAAGACGUCCAUGCUGGCUAUCGGAUUUGUUCUGGGAUAUGCUGCUCCCCUGGUCAUCGCCAUAACAACCGUGGCAGUAACCGUCCCGUCACAGAAAUACAUCAGAGGAAACCGUGGCUGUUGGCUGAACUGGGAGGACUCCAAAGCUCUGUUGAGUUUUCUGGCUCCUGCACUUGUGAUUGUGGCGAUAAACUUCCUCAUCCUGCUAGUAGUGAUUUAUAAAAUGGUGAGCAGAAGAGAAGUAAGGAAUACGGGCCAAGGCAAAGAGCAGCAUGUUUUGGUGGUGAUUGCCAGGAGUCUGGCUGUGCUCACACCGUUUUUCGGACUGACUUGGAGUUUGGGAAUCGGAACCAUAAUUGACCCCAAAAACAAGGAGGUUAAUUUUGCUUUUGUAAUCUUCAAUUCACUGCAGGGUUGCUUCAUCUGGGUGUUUGGAACACUCUUGGACAAAAAGGUGCGAUCAGAAACUAUUAAAUAUCUGAGCUCCCAGGAUAAGUUGGUGACGUCAUGACGACACGACGUCACACUGUUUCAUGAGUCUGCAUGUGCCGGAGGAUUUCCUCUGUGAGAAGAUUGUUUAACCAUUUUUAUCUCCCCUAAUUUUUUGACAUUUCAUUUGGUUUAAUGGAUUCCGAGAUUGUAAGUUGACAGGACUUCAGCUAAUUGGCCAAUUUAUACCCUUUAGGCCACUUGGUUCCUGUUGGAUCUGGGAACGUCUGACUUUUUCUUUUCUUGUUCUCCACUGAACUACAUUGGGAGCCAUACUUGUGUUUUCACACGUUGUAGUCCAGUAGACUCGAAUUUACUGGAGACCAAAAUUGCCGCAUUUGUUAUACUUCCAGCUGCUGGGUUUCACUUUCACAUUGCGCUGUCAAAUGAACCAAAAACUGAUCCCCUCCUCACCUUUGGUGGAGUUGCACCAAGAACCACUGAAGCAAAUCCCUUUUUUACAAAAUGUGAACAAAAAUUGAAUAGAUUUUAGCAGUUGUAGUAUUUCUCUUUUGUCUUUGGGAAAGAUCACAAGCUUUUCCUCCCACGAGCACUAUGUACAAGCGUUUGUUUUGGUUGUGUUUACCAAGAAUGCCGUGCCCUAUAGUCCGCUUCCUGCUUCUGCAGAAGUCUCCAUUCCAUUUGUCGUUCACAUAUGCAUUCAAAGCGUGUCAGAGCUCACUUCAACUGAACAGAGGCCGAGGAUUUUAGAUGGACCAGAGUUUGCUUUUUUUGUUCCAAUCACAGAUUCACACCUCUCCAAACGAAUAGGACCUCAGAAUUUGAUAAAAGCAAACUAAUCAGAGCUGGUGUGAAUGCACCUUAACUUUAACAAAAUAAAUGCUAAGCAUUACUCUGGAAUUUUCAAAAGAGAAUUCGGUUCAGGAUUUUAGGACAAAACUGGUGCAACAACAAGUCAGGGGUAUAGUGAAAUAUAAUUCAAUCUGGACAGACUCACACAGAGAAAGGUAGCAGUUAGAAUAGUUUUAAUGGUUCAAUCUUUGGCGCUCGGACCCGGCAGAAGACUAUUGAGCUGAGAAUCACCGAGAGCCGGAGCUCAGGGUAGUCUUACCCCCCCGGGUCCAGACACUGGUGGUCCAACAGAAAAAAUACAUGAAAUAUUUUCCCGUUUUUGAAUGUGAUGUGCAUUUUAAAAAAAGUUCUUGUUAAUUAAUUAACAUCAGCUGUCAUUUUAGUCAUUUGGAUAUAAGUUAUAUAAUUGUGUUUCUUUUAGAACUGGAGAUAAGGAUUUCUGAAAUGUAUAUUUUUCUAUCCUUCUAUAUCUUAUAUAAUGGUGAAACUCUUUCCCUCUAAAUGUGUAAAAAGAGUAAGUCAUGAAAAAUCUUACAAUAAUACACUGACAAAAAUAAAUAAAACAUGGUUUAUUCAACCUCAAACAC